AUGGAGAUGGAUUGGGGAAAUUUAGAAUCACAUCCUUUAAGUUUGAUUUUUGAUAAGUUAGUAGAAUGUCUAGAUCACAUAUAUUUCAGUCGGGUAUGCAAGAAUUGGUAUUCUAUUGCAAAGUUUAAUUAUCAAAAUCGAGAAAUACAUAAUAAUGUAUUGCCCAUGCUUAUGAUUCCCACAAAAAAGAGGUGGGUGAGAAGUUUAUAUGGAAUUUCAUGCAAAAGAGAUUACCAAUUCAAACUACCAGUACCUUCUAACAAGAGGCUUUGUGGUUCAAGUUAUGGUUGGCUAGCUAAGGUUGAUUACUGCUCUCAAGAUACUCUUAUAACACUCAUCAAUCCUUUUAAAGUUGCACUAUCCAUCAAGUUGCCACCCAUCUACAUCAUCGAGAUGUAUAGAACAAGAACAUAUUAUGAGUAUGACGUGCAUAAGGUAGUUUUAUCUUCUAAUCCUACAUUUAAGCCACAUGAUUACAUAGUUGUAGUCAUUUAUAGUGUGCGUAAAUGUCUUGCUUUUCUAAAAGCUGGACAAAAUAAUUGGACUUAUAUUGAUGAUGUUCAUGGUACCUUCAAUGAUGUUAUAUUUUACAAAGGUCUAGUUUAUGCUGUAGGACGGUGGAAUAACAUUGUCUCUUUUGAUUUAUCAUAUUUAAAAGAUGAUAGGGUAAUUCCCAAAGUUGUUUCUUUAGAGGGGGAGGAUUAUGCUAAUCGAGCUUAUCUUGUAAAAUCAUUGCAAGGAGACUUAUGGCUUGUAAGAAAAUUUAUUGGGUUUCCUGGUGACGAAGAUGAUGAAGAUAAUAUCGAGCCUAGUAGUGGUACGGAAAGAUUCGAAGUAUAUAAUUUAGAAUUGGAUAUCCAUACUGAUCAACUUAUACAAAUGUUAAAAAUCCAUAGUUUGAGAGACAAUGUCUUAUUCUUGGGUGAUAAUGAUUCUUUAGCCGUGUCUGCUUCAUAUUUCUCUAAUUAUCUUCAAAAAGAUUCAAUUUAUUAUACAGAUGAUUUUUCCGACGACUCGCCACCUUAUCCUAAUGGACCAUUUGAUAUGAAAAUCUACAAUGUAAGAGAAGAAAAUUUUAGUCAACAUUGCCCUUAUCACCGUAAGUUUAGACGAAUGCCACCUGCAGUAUGGAUUAUUCCACCAUUUCAAUGGAAUUGA